AUGGCGGACAACACAGGUCCUGAGGAUGCACCCAUUUGCCGUCUGCUCCAGUCUUCGAUGGAUCUGGUCGAGAAGAAAUUCCCGCAGUCCUAUCAGCAUGAGUUCACGCAGCUAUUGAGCGAGCUGUCAGAGAAGAUGACCGAUGCUGUCGAGAAAGCAGACGCUGAGGUCGAUGAAAAGGAACAAGAGAUUUGGCAGAGUGCAUAUUUAGUCAUCAAGCGGCCUUCUGAGGAGGUUGAGAACACGAUGUGGUGGCAUCUUCCCUGGUCCUUGUCGAAGAUUUUUCAGCUCGCUCGCCCUACUUUGCAAGAAACAAAACGGACAGGAAUGGGACUUGGAGAACGGCAGAGCAAAUUCCAAAGCUCCCUGCAGGAAUUCCGCACAAGGCUGAAAGAUGAAAAGCAGUACUAUGACAACAUGAUCCAAGUGGCACUAGGAGAGAUUGAGAGUGGCGCGCCUCAAGUUGGAGGCACACAGGAAGCCCUGCGACCCCAUGGUGCUGGCGCCCAUGAAGAUGUGCUGCUCAGGGAUUACCUUCGGCAGCUCGAUGCAGUUCGUGCAAAACUGCACGAAUGGAGGUGUUCCGAGCUGAUCAUCCUCACCUCCGGGGUAUCUCGAGGACGGAAGCCUCUGCCAUCGGGAGCCGAGGAUGGCAGAAGACAUGUUUUU